AUGAACUUCUCUUCAGCAGCUGUUGAUGCCUUCCUGAGGUUCCUGUACUCCGGCAAGUUGUCGACGAAUAUGACAGUUGCCGUCGAAGCUGCACUGAUGGCAGAGAUCUAUGACAUACAGGAGCCCUCCCAGAUUUGCGAAGCAAUGUUGUUGAAUGGGACCUCGCUCUCCGACGUUUAUGCCAUGCUGGAAGUGGCACAUCGCUUCCCAGAAGUAGGCGAACGGCUGCGAGGGGCAUGUUUAAGAGCCUUGUUGGCAGAUCCAGAACAAAGUCUCCAGGAUGCUUGGACACUGAGUCCAAAGCUGCUGGAAGAGUUGCUAGCGACGGCAACCAACGACAUUGGAGACUAUGAGCUUGCCAAGAUGAUCCUCUCCUGGCAGGAGAAGAAUCCGGAUCAAAGCUUCGCCAACAUGCUGCAGGACCAUGUGAGCCUGGGGGGUCUCAGUGAAGAGCGCUAUUCGGAUAUCCGGACAUAUGCAGAACAAGUUGGCCUCGGUUUCGCAGUGGACCAGAUGUGGGCAAAAGCGCAGGCUGCCACUGGGGAUUGGACCCCUGAUUUGUUCAAGUACAUGGAGGGGAAGUGGCAAGAGCAGUGCCAAGAGCAUCGUCGUACAAUGCCUUUCGUUGGUUGCUGGAUGAAUCUCAUUCCAAGCAGUUUGGGAUGGAAGCCACCCCCUCACUCUCACGGGCCGCACAAGGCGCAGGAGGAAGUGGCCCGAAACGUGCUGAAUCUGGACCUCCAGCCAGGCGAAGCGAUGACUUGGUUCUUGCCAAUCCACACAAUCCACGUCAGUGGCAUAAGCUUUACAGAGCCUGUGUCCGGUGUGUUGCCCGGUGGUGAAGCAAGUGUGGAAGUAUUCAGUUCCAGCAAUGGAUGCCACUGGGACUUGCUUUGGUCAUCUGCCCGCAGCAACUUCUCCUGCCGAACGAAAGAAAGAGUAAGAUGGUUCAAGCUCAGCGCCAAGCACCAGACCUUCAGCAACAAACUCCAGAUACAAGGCGUAGUGCAUGCCGGCUGA